AUGGCUGCGCAACAUCCAAAUGGACACCCGGGAGCUGGAAUGGUACAGCAAAUGCAUCCCGGUGUGUCUGCGCCGGGAGGACCUCAAGUCAGCCAAGCGGGCCCGAUGAUGGGUGGUAUGCCACCGGGCGCUGGGACAGCUGGCCCUGGUGGUCCUGGCCCAAAUGCUCAUGCCCUCUCCCAUCUGAAUCCCGCGCAGGCGCAUAUGCUUCAGAAUCCCCAAUUCCAACAAAAUUUUGCGAACAAUCCCCACCUAUUACACCAGCAUCAACAACAGCAACAGCAACAAUUAAUGCGGCAACGAAUGAUGCUCCAACACCAGCAGCAGCAACAACAACAGCAGCAACAGCAGCAGCAGCAGCAUCAACAACAGCAGCAACAGCAGCAGCAGCAGCAUCAACAACAACAGCAACAACAACAGCAACAGCAGCAGCAGCAGCAUGGUCUCCCCGUAUCAAUGCCUAAUGGCACACAAGGACUCAAUGCUGCUCAAAUGGCUGCAAUGCAAGCGAACCCUGGAAUGCGACCCGUCAAUAUGAUGCAGCUUCAGCAACAGAUGCCACAUGGUCAGCCGCCAAGUCUCCAACAGCAGCAGCAAUUUUUCGCUAUCCAGCAGGCUCAGCAGCAAGCACAGCAGGCUCAGCAGGCCCAACAUGCUCAACAGCAGGCAAAUAAUGGACAAUCAGGCCAGCAUACCCCGCAGCGUGGAUCGGCACAACCCCCGAAUAUGCAUGAACAGAGUGCCACUCCACAGUCGCAGCAUGGCGGACCAGGAGGCGGCACACCACAACCCACUCAGGCCUCUCAGCCGCCAUCCACUCAACCCCCGCAAUCGCAGGGACCACCUCAAGGCCAGGCAACUCCUAAUCCCCCAUCGCAGCAACUGCCCCAGUCUCAACAGCCGGGUCAACAGGGACAGGUUGGUCCGCAGCCGCAACCUCCCCAUAGUGCCCAGGGCCAGCAGCCAGGUCCUCAGAAUCAGCAGAUGACGGUCCAGGAGGCUCAGUUGAAAGCACAACAGCACCAGAAUGCCCUUAUCAUGCAGCAGCAGCAACAACAGCAAAGGAAGAAUAACGCAAUUUUGACUAUUCAUGCCUAUGCCGAGCAUCUGGGCAACUUCCAACCCCGCAAUGAAACACAGGAUCUUCAAUAUUGGCAAUCGUUCGUCGAUCGUUUCUACUCCCCUGUGGGUGUGUUGCGGCAGGGUGUUUGGAACAACUCGAUUGGAUCUAAACAGUUCGAAAUUGCGACUCCUGCACUCGCCCGUUAUUAUUUGACCCAAUUCACCAGUGGGAUUAGUCAAAUUCAGAUGGUGGUGGAAGGUGCCCGCGAGCGGGAAUCUCACAAUGGAGGGCAUUACGUGGAAGCCCCAAAAUGCUCAUUCAUUUACUGGUUCAAGAAUGAGUGCCAGCUUUUCACUAAUGGCACCCUUCGCGCGCAUUUCGAUAUGCACAACAAGCUUGAGAUGCUCGAUGUCAAUGUCGUCAGCCACAACGAGUACAUUCCGCGGUCUUUGUUGUUGGCCAUGGAGGCGGAUUCCCUAAAGCAAAGUCCGAAGGUCGCAAAGAACUCAAAACGUGCCCAGCCUAAGCAAGCACCAUCAUUAGUUCCAGACUCCAACGUGACUGCCAAUGGCGUGCCUACUCCAGUCAUGGGAUUCAUGGAAGUGGCUGAAACAAUUUCUGCCAUGCAAAUGCUGUUCCAAUUUUCGCAGGCAAAUCCGCAGCUCUCACCUCCUGACGCUUUGCGGAAUCUCGUCAACACCCUCCAGGCCCAAAAUCCCAAUCCAGGCUUUGUGUCAACUCCCAUACCCAUGAAUCAGGGCAUGAAUCCAAACAUGAACCCGGGCAUGAACCAGGGUAUGAACCCAAACAUGCAUCCAGGCAUGAACCCAAACAUGAACCCAAACAUGAACCCGGGCAUGAACCCAGGCAUGAAUCCAAACAUGAAUCCAAACAUGAACCCGGGCAUGAAUCCAGGCAUGAAUCCAGGCAUGAGUCCGGGUAUGAGCCCAGGUAUGAAUCCAGGCAUGAGCCCAAGCAUGAACCCCGGCAUGAACCCCGGCAUGAACCCUGGCAUGAAUCCAAACAUGCACCCGGGCAUGAGUCCCGGCAUGAAUCCAGGCAUGCACCCAGGCAUGAAUCCGGGUAUGAAUCCGGGUAUGAACCCAGGCAUGCAACCCAUGCAAAACGUUCGGGGACAUAGCAUGGGCGCUCCAUCCCAGUUCGCCUCGCCGGCCAUGGCCCAUCUUGGUCUUCCCGGGCAGCAAGGCUCGCCUCAUCUGUCUGGUUCAGCACAUGCGAGCCCAGCUCAAAGCAACCUUGUCGGUCCUCCCGGAAUGCAACCACCAAUGCAGCCGUCCCCAGCUGGCGUGAACAACAGUCCAAAUGUAGGUGGCAAACGUCGCCGGGCAAGCACCGUCAAAAUGGAGUCUGAGGACGGUGGUGGAGUCGAAGCUAACGGCGCUCCACAACAGGGCUCAGCGAAAGUAAAGGCUAGCCCUCGGGUGCCGAAGCGACAAAAGGGCGCCGCCGCCUAA